AUGAGAGCCUUGGUCUUCCUAUCAACCCUUCUCGGGCUCUCCUAUUCUGUGAUUUCGAAUAGAAACUCCCGGAGACUUUGUUUUUAUGGAUGGACUCAAUUCGAACAGGAUUGCUAUAAAGCCUACAAAAUGAGAGCUCAAUUCAUGGAGGCUGAAAAUAAAUGCAAUGAAGUAGGGGCUCAUCUGACAUCAAUACAUUCUGUAGAAGAAAAUGAUUUUUUGAGAGAAUUUACUAGAACUGGGAACGUUCAAGAGAACAAGUGGGAUAACAAUGUGUGGAUUGGAUUUUUCUUUGAGAAGCAAUCUGGAACUUGGAAAUGGCUCGACGGUUCUCCUACCGACUAUACGAAUUGGGCAACUGGAGAACCAAAUUUCAUGGAAUAUGAUAGCGAAGGCCAGGCAUCGGUAGAAUUAUGA